UGACGUUUUUGAUUAAUACAAUUAAUCAAUUAUUUAUUUUUGCCCAUGCGAAUUGCGAUUUUGAUUUUUUACUAAAGUAAUUAAAUUAUUAAUCAAUUUGGAAUCGCACAGAAUCGAGUUUGUUUUAGACAAAAUUAUUAGAGGAACUACAUAUUAUGGAGUUCACUCCAGUAUUGUCCGCUUUCCAAGGAAUUAUUAUAACAACAGACAGUGUGCAUUCUUUUUCUAAAUUAAAGGCAAGAGGAGGCAAUGAAGAGAAAAUUGAGUAUGUGGUGGGCUGUUUGAAAAAUUUUCUACAAAAGAAAGGGUACUUGACAAAAGAUUGUGAUUCAAUUGAAAAUAUUAAAAUCAUGCGCAAGUUUGCUUUUUACAUUUGUUUAAAUGCAGAUUUACUAAUUCUGGAAGAUCUCGUUAGUAUGGAUGGUAUUGCUUUCCUUAUUUGGACAGUACCCACUAUAUCAAAAUGCCUCAUGUGCGAAAUGUACUGGAAUCUUGACAUGGAAAAAUUUAUCUAUGAAAUAUUGGCGUUCACAAGCCCUCUGUUAUCUAUAGAAGUAGCAGAAGCUUUAUUAGACCAUUUCAAGUAUUUCAACCCAACAGAAUGCAUGGGUAGAUUGAAAAUGUUAAGUUUAGGAUGUUAUAGAUUGAUAUGCAGAUUAAUAUAUUUUAAUUUAAAAGGAGAUGAAAUAAUACGCAGUUACAAUAAUUUCCUAAAAUGUCUUAAGUAUUUUGUAGAGCCACCCAAUGCGAGUAAAUUAGAAAGGUUGAGUACAGAUGAAGAGUUCAAGUUUAUUGGUAGCCGUCUGUGUGAAAUGCUGUCAGUGGUGUCAGGAUGUUUCUCACAUUACACUGCUCCACAAAAAUUUAAACCAUCUGAUUAUGAAGAUCUCUAUGAAUUAAGUUAUAGAGAUGGUAUUACCAUUAACAAGCAAUUCUCAGCUCCUAUAAGUCAAUGUAAAAACAGUGAUGUAAUAGCAAACAUAGACAAUUGUCAUGUGGCUCUACUAGAUAAAUUCCAGACACUGUUAAUGGAAAUUAGUGUGGAGAUAUUCUGUGCUUGGAGUGAAUUUGAAGAGAAUGGGAAAAGCAUGCAACAAAGCAUCGGGGAAUCAUGUUACAAAGUACUGAAGGAGCUGAGCGACAUCAGCUGUGUUUCAGACCAUGCUGUUAUUGCCAUGUUGCAACAGAUAUCCUGUAAACCUAUGAACAUGGUUCAAGUUGUCAAUAAAUCUGACACAGCUGUCAUUAUAGAAAACAUAAAUAAAGAGGAUGAUGAUAGUAAUCAAUGGAUUAAAGCGUUAAUAUUUAAGGAUAAACUGUGUGAGGAUGUAAAUUUGUUGGAACAAGUCACUUCACAUUUAGACAUUCUCAAUGAACUGGAGUGCUACAAUUUAUUUAAAAUCUUAUAUAAAUACAUUAAGGAGAACAGUUUUAAUAAAGAAAUGCAACUAGCACUGGCGAUCAAAGUGUUUGAACGAUGUUCUACUGGUACCAAGUAUGACAUACUGGAUGAACAUUUCAGUGAUGCAUGUUUUAACGAUAAUUUGCAAGUUCCAGAAUUCAAAAGUAUGAUGACAGAGAUAUUUAACAAAUUGAUAUCCUCUCAGAAGGCAGAUAUGUCUGAUGUUUUGACUGUAUUCCUGCAGAACCCUAGGGAAGUGUAUGGUACAAUAUUUAAUCUGGCUAAUGUAAAUAUGCAUCAAGCUGAUAUCAUGAUUAAAGUUAUGAAAUGUGUAGAAAUGUACUCCCAGCAUUACUAUAACAAAGAGACAGAACCUUGUAUGAUACUAGCGAUUAAAGAAGCAAUUGGCAACUGCGUAAAUGAAGAAAACAAUCAUAAGAAUUUCAUACAUUUGUUGAAAAACUUAAAAUCAUCAAACACAAUACCAGGGGCAAAAUUACUAUUGUUAAUCAUCAUGCCCUAUUUGCACAGUGGCCUCUUGCAGAAGAACAUGAAUCAAAUAUGUUUUCAAUGUAAGCUCUUACAGGCAGCAUACAGAACCGAGGAUUUACAGGAAUACAGAGCUCCGACGUUAGCCAUGCUAGCUCAAGUGCUUGACACGGUUCGAUGGAAGAUGAAUACAUAUGCUGUGCAAGCACCAUUAACUCUAGACAUUGUUUUGCAGCUUCAAUCAGAUUUAAAUACCCAGGACUUAACAGAGAAAGAAAGUGUAUGGCUGAAAAGUAAGUUAAGGAAUAUAAAUCCUUUGAACAUGUAUUACUUCAGACAUCUCUGGAAUCCACCCGGAAACACAUUUGUUGAGGUUGUUAGUGGAAUGCACAUACACAAAGAAAUGGAUUUAGAGCAUUUGUCAUUAUGGCUGUCAAAGGCUUUAAGUUCCACAAUCCUACAAGAAUGGUACCAAAUAUGGGACAGUUUGAGCACAGUGUUUGGAAAUGUAAAAAUAUUUGAUAUCUUCCAUAAUGCAUUACUUUUAUUGUGUGUAGCAGAAAAAUCUAACCACACAGAAUCUACAAAAUCAUGUCUGAUGUACUGUAUGCAAAGCUUUGUGGCCACCACUAGGUACAAAUUUUUCAAACUGCCACUAAAUGAUAGUCAAGUAACUACGGUGUUCAUUAAAUUUGCAGCAAUUGCAAAUUUAGCAAAUGACAAUGAUAUUGAAGAACUAGCAGUUAUAUUUCUGGCACUUUUUGCUUACAUGGCAGCUAACAAAGAAAACUUUUCUGAAGAUCUACCGCUGACUUUAUUGAGGAAAUUUAAGCAUAAAAAAUUUAUUGAGACAAUAGGAAACCUGUUUCAACCAAAAUUACAUUUCUCAAAAUAAAAAAUUAAGUAACUCAAA